CUCUUCUAGGUAUCCGUCCUUCAUUUUCCGACUUUUGUCCCAUAUGGCCGUGGGUAUGGUGGUUUGACGCCCUUUCAGCCAAAACAUUCACCCUACAUACUAGCCGCGAACAGCUCUGACGAGCGUACAUUCAUUUGACUCUUCCUAUUUCAGUUUGCCGUUAAAUCCGUUUCUGCUCUUCUUGCGCUUCACCCUCGUUUGACCUAAAGUUCGAGCAUUGCGCCCUCAAGACUCAAGAGUGCCUAUCUGUCAUUAUAACUACCACCAUCGUUGUUAUCAUUACCAUGAUGUUCCGCGCCGUAUCUUCACUCGCUCUCAUGGCCCUUGCUGGUCAGGCUAUCGCUGAACCUAUACGCCAACCGUACAAGGCGGAGUACGCUAGGAUGUCCACCAGGAACCUCUUCGGUCUCGAACGCCGUCAGAACGAAGGAUAUUCGCCUGAACAGCAGUUUUGUGGUGCUGGCAACACUUGCGCCGAGGCAUGUGGGAAGGGCUUUGAGCAGUGCGCGUCUAACGAUGGCGUCGUACACUGCUUCGAUACUAGCGCUAAGCAAACUUGCUGCCCCGGGACAACUGGAGAUUCCUGUGACGAGGGCUACUUUUGCUCCGCCGACGAGAAGGGCGCUACUUGGUGCUGCCCGGACAGCAUGACUCUCAAAGAAUGUGCUGCCGCCUAUAAUCUUCCGGACACUCUGGUUUCGGAGACGAAGCCAGGGCCGACCACGUCGACUAAGUCGCCACCGAAAUCCACUCCCGCUCCUGCUAGCACGACUGGCAAUUCUUCCAGUGUAGUUAAGGCCUCUACCACCCAGACCGCCGUCUCCAAGACGACGUCCGAGUCCGCCUCCAAGUCCGCCCCCCAGGUUACCCUCGAAGCCACCUCCAGCGCUUCUGCUUCUGCUUCCGCUUCCGCUUCCAAGGAGGGCGUAACCUCCUCCGCCUCGGAGCUAAGCCCGACCGCUAUUACCGCGUCCCGGAACGGCACCGCAUCGACGUCUACCGGGGCCACCCCCACCGCACCAGACAACGGCUUCGUCACCGCGGGUAGUGACAGCACUCAUGCCCCCAUCGGCGGCAUGGUCCUCAUGGCCGCUGCCGCUUUCGCAGCUCUUGUAUAAAAAAAGAAAAGGAAGAAUUAGUAAUAAAAUCACACCACAGCGAGCAGAUUACCCACGGGAAGGGGGAGGGGGCGAAGAGACGGAGAUGAAGAAAAUAUAGGUAUCGGCAACAGCACGCGAGACGAUGGGACGAGCUACGGCGAUCGAAGCCUCGCAUACAUACCUUCCCUAAGGACACGCGUGUCCUCUUUGUU